AUGAUAGGUUUCGAAGUGGGACCUGAUAUAGUCAAUGGCCGUGAUGUUAUGCUUAAAGAGAUUCCGUAUCAAGUAUCUUUGCAAAUAGUAGGUUAUCAUUUUUGUGGUGGAUCAAUUAUAAGCCCGUAUUAUGUUUUGACUGCAGCUCACUGUACAGCACAAUUCAAUGAUACAACUGUACCUUUUAUAUACGCAGCAGCAGGUAUGAUAAAUGUUUAUGAACCUGGGCAAAGCCAUUAUGUUCAAAAAUUCAUAGCACACGAAAAGUAUAAUCCUAAAGAUUCUUUUCGAAAUGACAUUUCUCUUGCUAGGCUAAAAACUCCAUUUAUAUAUAAUUUAAAAAUACAACCAGUUACACUACCUAAACUUCAAUUUGUAGUACCAGCCAACACUUCCGUCGUACUUUCUGGUUGGGGCAAUCUUGGAGGGAAAGAUAAUAAAUCGCCAACAAUAUUACAAGAAGUAACGCUUCAUGUCGUUGACCAAGAAAUGUGUAGAAAAGAUGUAGAAACGAACAAAAAGGACCACCUUUAUAAAACAAAUAUCUGUGCAUUUGAUGGUAAAACCAGAAAAGGCCAGUGUGGGGGAGAUUCAGGUGGUCCUCUCACUUGGAAUAAAGUACAAGUAGGUUUGGUAUCUUGGUCGGUUAAAGAUCCCUAUUGUGCUAGUGUAAAAACACCGGGUAUAUAUACAAGAGUAUCAGAAUAUAUCGAAUGGAUCAAGAAGAAUGCAAUGUAA